UCCUCUUUCUUUUUCCAUCAUCCCUUUUUUUCUAAAUGUAUUUUAUACCACUAUUUAUACACUCUUCUUUUCUCUUCUUUUCUUUUUUUUGUUUUGUCAUCUUUUACAUUUUACUUUUUAUGUCUAAUACUUCUUGUCCAGACUAUUCAGAAUAUGCUCGAGUCUUUCAUGGGCCAGAAAGUGGUGGUGUAUUGGGGCUUCCUUUCCAAAGACCUGUAGAAGUAUGCCGAAAGUUUACUAGUACAGUCAUAGAAUCUGUCAUUUCCAAUAUUACGUCAAAGAUUACAAAUCUAGAUUUGGCUCGAUUGUUUACCAAUACUUUUCCCAAUACCCUUGAUACUACCAUUGCUAAGACUGCUUGCUUGAAUACUCAGGAUACCUGUCUUCCAUUGUCCUAUGUGAUUACAGGUGAUAUUAAUGCGAUGUGGUUGCGUGAUUCUGCAAACCAGUUAUUACCUUACAUUGACUAUAUCAAGCAAGAUGGUAACUUAAAGCGGCUUUUCUUGGGUGCAAUCUACAUGCAAGCUCAAUUUAUCACACUUGAUCCUUAUGCCAAUGCUUUUAAGCAACCAGAAGAUAUUGACGUGCUUUCUCAACACAUUCAAUCUCCUUUAUCCAAGCGCGAUAUUGUGUUACAAGAAGGAGUGUUUGAAAACAAAUGGGAGAUUGAUUCCCUUGCUUCCUUUAUGGGAUUGUCUUACCAGUAUUGGGCAAAUACUGGUGAUGAUUCAUUUGUUAACAAUACUGUGUGGCUUGAUGCUGUUGACUCUAUUCUUGCUACAAUCAAAAUGGAACAGCAACCUACGUUUGAUACUAACACAGGUGAACCCUUGCAUCCACAAUAUACUUUUUUUCAAAAAGCUGACAGACCUACUGAAACUCAAUUCUUAAAUGGUCGUGGUCAGCCUGUAAAAUACACAGGUAUGGUCAAGAGCUUGUUUAGACCUUCAGACGACGCUACUGUCUUUCCCUUCUUUAUACCAGGAAAUGCAAUGUUAUCUGUCGAAUUAGGUCAUUUAUCACAGCUGUUGUCAUCUUCUUUUGCGCGUAAUGACAGUAAAAUUCAAAACCUGGCAACCGAAACGUCACAACUCUCUAAGGACAUUCGUGAAGCUGUGUACAAAUAUGGUCUUGUGAAACAUCCUACUUAUGGUCAAAUAUUUGCCUAUGAAGUUGAUGGCUAUGGUUCUGCUUUAAUCAUGGAUGAUGCCAAUAUACCUUCGCUUUUGUCUUUAAGCUUGAUUGGAUUCUUAGAUCAAAAUGAUACGAUUUAUCAAAACACACGAAAGCUUGUUUUAUCAAAGGACAAUCCCUAUUAUUUCUCAGGACCUCGUGGGUCAGGCAUUGGUGGACCUCACGUUGGCUUGAAUUUUGCUUGGCCAAUGUCACAAAUUGUCAGAAUCCUUACAUCUUCAGAUGACAAUGAAAUCAAACAAGCUUUGGAGAUUAUACUGAAUUCAACUGAUAAAACGGGGUUGAUUCAUGAAUCUGUCAAUGUUUAUCAUAACAACGAUAAUAAUGGCUAUACCCGUUCCUGGUUUUCAUGGGCGAAUGGCUUAUUUGGUCAAGCUAUUCUCAAGAUUAUGAAAGAAAGACCUCAUUUGCUUAUAAAUAAAUAAAGUGCAUACUAUCCAAAG